ACCGAGAUCAGCUCUGACACUACUACUAUCUGCUAGUAUAGUUACACAGAAUCAAUGCCAGACAAACAUCUACAGCCAUAUAUUAUAUCAGUUACGUUUUACAUCUACGCUAUUUAUAUAUAUCUAGCAACACUACUGCUGGAAUUUACCAAAUUAAAAACUUAAUGUACUUGGAAUAGACCUUCUUGUACGUGAAUUCAUAUUAGACAGGAGUUGGUAGCUGAAGUCACAGCAAAUGUUCCAUCCAUGUAUGUGACAGAUGAUCCAGACAGACAAACAAUUCAACUUCUAGAAUGACAUUCAUAAGAAAUUGGACAGACGCAAUAAACAAUGUAUCCACAGCGUCUGCUAAUCAAAGUUCAAUUAUUUUAUCUGCAAUUUCCACUGAAUAUACUAGAGUCAACAAUAAUAUGCUUCCUGCUACAUCCACUGUUUUUACAGAGACGGAAACAAACCUGGCUCUAGAAAAGAAAUUUGCAGAAUCUUGUGAACAGUGGCAAGAUGCUCAACACACGUUAUUACAACUGGCCAAUCUGUGCCUGGCAAUAUCAUUUUUUACCCCCAGUAAUUUCCGUUUCCAUUCAAUUUGUCUGAGGUCGUUCCUGCUAAUUGGAUUUCUGCUUUUCAUCUUGUGGUCUUCUUUGCUAGUUUGUAUGCCGGAUGUUCUUGGCUGGCACAUUGUGUUUUCGGUUUUCAAUUUGUGCCACAUGAUUUUUAUUGGAUAUAAAAUGAUACCAGUUAAACUACACCAUCAACUAGAAGUAAUGUAUAAAAAACUAUUUAGGCCAAUGCAUAUGACUAGAAAGGAGUUUGCAGAAAUAUGUAAGCUAGGAUCUGUGAUAACUUUAGCUAAAGGAAGUUUAUAUGCUGUACAAGGAAUAACACCAUGUGGUGAAAAAUUAUCCAUUUUGGUAAAAGGAAGGUUAAAGGUGACUUAUAACAGAUUAUUUUUACAUUUUAUUGAAUGUAAUCAGUUUGUUGAUUCACCUGAGUUAGAUUCUAUGACCUAUUCUAUUGAUGAAGAAGAAAAAUACCAGGUUUCCAUUACAGCAUCAGAAGAUAGUUGUUUAAUAACAUGGCAUUUUCCAACAUUACAAAACCAUCUUAGCAAUGAUCCUUAUCUUGAAACAAUGUUUCAUCACAUAGUUGGUAAAGAUAUCAGUAAUAAAUUAUAUCAAAUACAAGAACUCUUAUUGGUUAAUCCAGACUACAUGUGUACUUUAGCUAGUCGACAGUCUUCUAUGGUUAAUAUCAGACAUAGUCUGGUUACACAAGACUCCAGUAUGAGCUUACUUAAUUUCAACAAUAUGAAUAUGGCUGCCGAUAUCAAACAUUUAAACCAACAGUUAGAUUCAGCUAUAAAAUCUUGCCAUGGACCAAAAGAAAGUGAAACACGUGUAUAAAAAAAUACAAAGAUGGACAGUAGAUCUGUAAGAUAUUGAAGAAUCUGUGGAGAGCACCAAAAACUUCAGAUUCAGUGUAAAAAACAUCCAGAGUAUAUAAUCAGCCAAUUACAAACAUUCAGAGUAUGAACAAAUCAGCAUUGAGACUUCAUUUUAGAAUGUAUUAGACUUAGUAGAAAAACUUGAAUUUAUUCGGUUCUAUAAAUAUAAUACGUUUAUAUUCAUGUCUCAAUUAUAUGUAGUUCCAUUUUAAUACAGACUCCCUAAUACAACCAAAAGCUGCAAGGUCAUCCAUGCAAACUAUAAGUGUAAAAUGUACAAUUACAACAAAUCCACACUGAGCAAGUUAUAAAAAUUCAAAUAAGUUUAGAAAAAUGCAAUAAAAGGGCGAUAACUCAAAGAUUUUCGAUCAAAAUUGACCAUGCAAACUAUAAGUGUAAAAUCUAAACUUUCAAAAAUAAUCCCCACUAAACAAGUUAUAAAAACUAAGGUUAGUAAAUUGAGGGUCGAUUACUCAAAGAUUUACGAUCAAAAUAUUAUUAAGGUUGAAUGAGAAUAUUGUUUUGCUAUCAUGUUCACAACUUUCUAAACUUUUUCUUUCUUAUACAAUCCCUCUGAAUUUCCUGUAUUUUGUUUGAAUGUAAUUGGGGAGAUAACCCCAUUUGUGAUCGAAAAAUUCUAUAGGGUUCUUCAUUGGUCAGAUAACUACUUCAUGGGUUGUUAUCGUUUCAAAUGCUCCCAUUAUGUAUAAAAGAAUAACCAUCGUGGAUUGCUCAGACGGCUUAGCUGCUGUGAGUGUAUCUUCCAUUGCCUGGCAACCUAUCUUAUCAUCAGCUAUAGCUAAUGUAAAUAUAUGAGAACUAUAAGUAUGGGUGUUGCUGCAAAAGUUAAUGUGUCUUAUAACAGGUUGUGAUGCAGAUUACUGGCCUUUAUAUAUAUAUAUUAUUGUUAUAGGAUGUUGUUCUUUAAGUACAAGUUUGAAAUAUAUAGGCCUAAUGUAGGCUUAUUAUAAACCUCUAAAGCAUUCGAUUUUGUUGUAACCGCCAUAUCUCUGCAAAACCUUUCAACCAAAGCAUUGUUGUGAAAUCGUUGUGAAAUGUAGUUGUAUUAAUCUAUCAAUUUUAACCUGUAUCAAAGUUUUUGUUAUUAACAUGUAGUUUGUAAUUUACAAAAUGUACAUGGUGUAUGUGAAUUGUUAUUGUUAUCAUAUAUUUAUUUUAUUUUAUUUUAUUUAUUUUAUUUUUUAUUUUAAUUUAAUGAAUCCAUGGUUGUUAUAUUUGAAGGAAAUGUGUUCAGUAUUAUAUAUGUACAUUGAAAACAUAGCAGCAUUAGAUUUGUAAAAAAAUUAGUAGGCCUAGUAUUAAUUAAUCUCAAAGUUAUUUUUUUAAAGAAUUUUGAAUUGUUUUAUUUAAUUGCAGUUGUCAGCUUCAAGUAGCUCAUCAUCAUAUUCUUGUGAAUCACAGGUUGUGAUCUAUAUGUUUCAAUAAAAGAAAGACAUGUCUCCUAUAUUUAUGAAUUGUUUUUUGGCUUAAAUUGAAGAAAUAAAAAUGGUUGUUGCUUUA